CAUCUGAUCUGCAACCUUUUCCUUCUCGUAGGGCAACGUGUAUAAUAGUUAAACAAGAAAAGCAAUGGGAAUAUAACGUGGAACUUGUACUUGUUGUUUCUUCAGUGACCUAACGCCUGUGUUUACCGUCGAUGAAAUGAAAUGCUGCUGGAUUAAUCAUGAAAAGCUGAGGAGACGCAGAUGCCCCGCUGUAAAAUGCCACGCAGGCAACGACUGACAGGCAGCAGGAUCUGAGGUUUCCCCUGGAUCACUAGUCAGACGUGUUCCAGGGAGCGGGGACUGCUGGCUCACUAAGGUAAGAGGCCCAGGGGGGGCAAGCACAAUAAAGAAGACAAACAAACUUUUAAAGAUGAACAAGAUCCGGAAGCUUUUCCGAGGUAGUGGGAGAGCUCUCGCGUUUAUAUUUGUUGCCUCUGUCAUUUGGUUGAUCUUUGACAUGGCAGCGCUCAAGCUUUCAUUCAGUGAGAUCAACACCAAGGUUCUGAAAGAUGAGAUGAUCAGGAGGGAAAGGGAAAGAUUCAAAGUUUGGCGAAACCUAGAAAAGACCCCUGAAAGCUCCAGAAGGGAACCAAAACCUCCCCCGAAAGGCUUUGAAAGGGGGAGAUUUAGUAAAGAGAAAUAUAGAAAUAUAGAAGAGAAAGUGGUAGAGGCUGAAAAUGAAAUUGACAAACAGAAUGAAGAGAGAACAGCAAAACCAACGGAAAAGAGAAGCAUGGCCUAUAAGAAAAUGAUUGUGCCACUUGGGACAUUCUCAGUGAAACUGCUGAGCCCCUAUCCCUCUGUUCCCAUGGAAAAGAAAGAGAGAAAAAAGCAUGUUAGGACUGUAAACUCCACUGACCUGCUGAGAACAAAGCAAACUGUUCCCAAAAGGCUUCAGCAGACCCCAUUAGCUGCAGCAACAGGGAGAUCAGUUGUCAAAUUAACACACAGCACAGCUACUGUAAGAAACAAAGUUGCACAGAAAGAGAACCAACCUGUAACUAAGGCAUCAAAGGGCAUUGAGGGAAAUUUAAAAAUUGGGAUUACAGAGAAAAUCCCUUUGAAUGGAUUAAAACAGGAAUUGCAAACGGAGGCAAACCCCAAGGAACCUCAGAACAAACCCCCAGUACCAGAUUUGCCAAUUCCUAGGCAAAUCAUCUCUGUAAAGCAAAACAGGAUUGGGGUGAAAGCAAUAGAUGGCACCAAACACAAAACAAACAGGAGUUUGGAUGUACCUGUCAGCAAGCUGGCUGCUGCAAACAGCGCCGAGAAAAAGGGAUUGUCCACAAAGCCAACAGGACUGGGAAAGCUGCCAAAGGAAGAUGAAACAAAAGCUGCUCAUGAAAAGAAACUAACUUUCUCUGAAAAUCAGUUUGUCAUUAUUAGUAAAGAAGGGAUAAAAAUCAGCAUCCCAGCAACCCAGAAUCUAGUAGCUGAUUCUAAUGGAAAUUUUACAAUGAGAUUGAACAUGAGAAAAGAACAGCAAUUUAUUAGCAACAAAAGUGAGGAUGCCCCUAACAUGAACUCUGUAACCAAGACUGCUGAGCUUAAUGGUCUAACUAAGAAAGCAAUUUUGACGGAAGGUCCAGAGCUAACAAAAGUUCACGUCAGGUUAGAUGAUAAGGAGCAAUUAAGGAAAAGAAAUCGAAGCAGCUAUACGGUCCACUUUACAAGGGACACUGGAAUGCACAAAGUCUUAACAAUUGAUGUAACACUUUCCCCAAGAGAUCCCAAAGCUCCCGGUCAGUUUGGGCAUCCUGCUGCAGUCCCUGAUGAUAAGCAAGAAGAGGCAAAAAGUAGAUGGAAGGAAGGAAACUUCAAUGUCUAUCUGAGUGAUCUGAUCCCUGUAGACCGAGCCAUUGAUGACACAAGGCCUGCCGGGUGUUCAGAACAACUGGUUCACAAUGACCUUCCAACUACCACGAUUAUCAUAUGUUUUGUGGAUGAAGUGUGGUCCACUCUUCUACGCUCCGUUCACAGUGUCCUCAAUCGAUCUCCUCCUCACCUGAUUAAAGAGAUUAUUCUGGUGGAUGACUUCAGCACAAAAGAAUACCUCAAGGAUAGCUUGGACAAAUAUAUGUCACAGUUUCCAAAGGUUCGGCUCCUUCACCUCAAAGAAAGACAUGGUUUAAUACGAGCCAGACUAGCAGGGGCAGAGAUUGCUAAAGGUGAUGUAUUGACAUUCUUAGAUUCUCAUGUGGAAUGUAAUGUAGGAUGGUUGGAACCACUUCUGGAAAGAGUCCGUUUAAACAGAAAGAAAGUAGCAUGCCCAGUUAUUGAAGUAAUCAGUGACAAGGACAUGAGUUACAUGACAGUGGAUAACUUUCAGCGUGGGAUUUUUACCUGGCCAAUGAAUUUUGGAUGGAGGCAGAUUCCUCCAGAGGUCAUUGAGAAAGAUAAAAUCAAGGAAACAGAUAUAAUAAGGUGUCCCGUAAUGGCAGGUGGAUUAUUUUCUAUUGAUAAGAAGUAUUUUUUUGAACUUGGAACGUAUGAUCCUGGCCUGGAUGUUUGGGGAGGUGAAAAUAUGGAGCUUUCGUUCAAGGUCUGGAUGUGUGGAGGAGAAAUUGAGAUCAUCCCAUGCUCCAGAGUUGGACAUAUUUUCAGGAAUGACAACCCGUACUCCUUCCCUAAAGACCGGAUAAAAACAGUGGAGCGGAAUUUGGCACGUGUUGCCGAGGUCUGGUUAGAUGAGUACAAAGAAUUGUUCUAUGGACAUGGUUACCACUUAAUCCAGAAAAACCUGGAUGUUGGAGACUUGACUCAACAAAUAGAACUGCGGAAGAAGCUUAAGUGCAAAAACUUCAAGUGGUAUCUGGCGAACAUCUACCCAGACCUGGAAGCUCCUCUUGUUAAAGCCAGUGGGCUGAUUGUUAACAUAGCUAUGGCUAGAUGCAUUACUGUGGAAAACUCCACUCUGGCCUUUGAGACUUGUAACAUUAGCAACAAGAACCAGAAGUUCAACUACACUUGGCUGAGACUAAUAAAACAUGGGGACUUCUGCGUAGCACCAGUAGAUGCAAAGAGAACACUGGGCCUGUACCCUUGCGAUAACAGAAACAAUAGCCUGAAAUGGUUGCAUAAAUCAUUGGUGCCCUUUCAACCAGAACUGAUGGAUCACAUGGUUUUAGAACACCUUCAGCAGCCAACAUGUUUGGAAGUGGAUCAGUCUCACAAAAUCCUGAGGGUUAAUGCCUGUGAUGCCUCAAAUCCUUAUCAGAAAUGGCAGUUUGGCAAUUAUUAUGCUGACUGAAGAGAACACGAUCAAAACAGAAGCAGAGAAUUCAAAUCGUGUGAAUUCAAGAAUGACAUCUGUGAGACUUGUGACAGCAAUUACAAAAUUGGAGGUUCAUUUCCUAAUGGUAAUUUAAAUCCAUCAUUUUAAAUCACCAUAUUGAGAGAUCAAAAUAUCAAGCAACAGCACAUCUGGUUUGAUAUGGUUUAAAACAUUCAGGCAUAUUUUCCACUCACUGUGGGGCACUUGGGGAAGGUUGAGUGAAAGUUUUUUCAGUAAAUGGAAAUACUUUCUAAAGUUCCUCAUUCCCACCUUAAGCAGACCUUCACUGACUGGCUUCAGAGAGAUUAAUGCAAACUACCAGAAAUAGUUCCAGGGUUCAAUCCCUAUGACUGCACAUAGCAUCUUGUGCUGCUGUUUGGAAGAUCCACAUUUGCUCAUUUAUCCCUCAACAAGCCAACAAAAUGAAAGUACCUAGGCCCAGUACCUAAAAAUCCAUCCAGUAUCACAGGAAUCUGCUCCUACCAAAUUGGAUUCACUGAUUCUGAAAGGUAGGUGCCUGGAGCCACUUUUGAAGCUUGGUUUCCCAUGACAAAAGCCCGUCUUUAAUCACAAAAAAUAUAAAUCUUUCAGCACUUCUAACCUAGCAGCAGGCAAGGCCCUAUAAGUGCUGUAUUUGCAUACAGGCACCGUGAAUUUGCUACCUUGGUUUGACCUCCUGCUUCCUAGAUGGGCAAGGAGUGGUUAGGCUGCAAAGCAGUGGGAUGUGCCUUAUCUAGCACUACAGCUAACGCUCUGGGCCAGUGCAAGAACAGUAUGAAUGCAGUAGACUUUAAAGAGAUUCUCCAUUCAGCCCUUCUCAGCCAGAAAGAAGUGCCUCAGCACAGAGCCAUGAAAAGGGAAAACAAACCAAAGGGUGUGGGAACCGUGUGGUGAUGGGGAUGAAGAUCCUCAGAAAGGGCCUGCUUAACCUGAAAAAAAGAGACCUGCAGGGACUUGCUUCUCGCUACUAGUGAAUCCAAGAUGGCAGCCACACACUGUUGGGCAUGAUUUCAUGGUUCCUGGGUUGGCCACAUGUUAUGCGAUAGUACUGUAUAUGCAUUCAAUGCAAAGCAAACCAGAAAAGCUUAAAUAAUGUUAAACUUUUAACACAAGGGGACAAAAGCUGAGAAACUCUGAGUCUAUGUUAAUUGCCUGUUCCUUUCUCAUGCCACUAUGGAAAAAAAUGGAAUCUUUGUUUUUCUUAGAAUAGAAAAUGAUCUGUCAUGGAAGCUUUGAAUGUUUUUGUACCUAAGAUAUCUCCUUCUGCUCUUCCAGAUGAAUGAGAAGGUGGGCAGUUGUUAAAAGUAUGUAAUAGCAGAUUAGGCUUUUGCUGAAUACAUUCCUGUCUGUUGAGUAUAGACAUCCAUAUAUUUUUUUAAAUCCAUUUGAUUGGCUGAACUGUAGCUGGUCUGUGAUGCAAACACAUAGCUAGGGCACGUUCUGCACUUCACUGGAGGAGCCGUGCAUUGGUGGGAGCAGAGUGGCGGUGGCAGCUGUGUACCAGGUAGAAGCGCAGGACAAGGAUGUCUCAGGGUGAGCAGAACGCAGCAUGUGCACUAGCUGACUGCAGAGGGGAGAAGUCUCCUAACUGACUUUGCCCCACUUGAAGCCCCAGCAUUUCGGAUGGCAUAAUAGCUGGUGCUAUCUCCUUCUGCUCCCCUCAGCACUAAAUAGUUCCUACCUUGCUGCUAGUAGGGAGAGAGGAUGGAAGUGACUCCCUGUGUCUGCUUAUGCCCCAGUGCAACCAUAUAGCAGAGGGCAGGAGCUAGCCUUGGUAUUGUAUCGAUUAAUGAUAAAGAGCAUGUGAUGUUACACUUUGACGGGCAAAGCAGUUGUGAUAAGAAUUGGCUAAAACGUUUGCUUUCUACAAACCAAGCUUGAACCUUUUGGAAAGUGUAGGAUUGGUUUACUAAAAGAGCACCCCCAGCAGGGCUCUGGAGCCCCUCUCAUAGCCUCACCAUCCAACUCCUUUCUGAUGGAUCUCUUUGCCUGGCCUACACUAGCACCUAUCCACAGUCCUUCAACUCCCCUCUUAUCCUCUUAUGACUACCCAUUACCUCCUUCAAACGACCACCAGCUAUGCUGACCAGUUCAAUAGGCAUGGCAGGGUCAUGAGCCUUUGGACUGGCUAAUACCACUAGCAGCAGUAGCUCCUUGCAGGCCCUGUGCCCAGCUGAACACAUGGACUCGUACCGUCCUGAGUCCCUUGUACACUCCCGCAGAGCCAGAGCACAAUCGAGCCUUAUAUUUGUUAUUUUGCUUUGCAGUCUCUUCACUGGAAAGCAACCAAAGGGAACACUGAUAAAAGUUGCUCCCAGAGAAAGGGUAUAAUGGUGGCUCUUUGCUCUGAUCUGCCCUUUUUGUGUGUAUAGAACCCGCCAGACUUGAUUUAGAAUAUUCAUAGGAGGGGGAGACGGCGAGUAGGAGCUCCACAUGUCCAGGAACAGGAGUUAUUCUGUGCAUGAAGAUAGGGUAGAAGCUCUGAGUGAAGAUCCACCCUGCAGAAUUGAAGGCAAAAUUGUCCUCUAAGACUGUGUGUCCCAUAUUUCCAUUUCAGACUUUCCAGAUAAGUUUUAAGCCUAUGAACAUAGAAGCUGAGGACACAUAAGUGCUGACCCUUCUCUCAUGAAGAGUUGAUUUGGAAGAUGGGUUUCCAUGUUUACUCUCUUAGAUCAAAGUGCUACAAUUGUUAAGUCAGUGGGACAUAUAGGGCUAGAUUCUCCCCUGCAUCUGAACUCCACCCAACACAGAGGAAUUGGGGGAGCUGUUAGGGAGCAAGUUAGAGCCCCUGAAUCUGGCCUGAUCCUAGCCAGUCUGCAAUGGCUCAGCUCAGGGGCAGGUCUGAUUUACAUCUCUGACCUAGGAUCCCUAGGGGACCCUACACCAGUGGAGGAUUUGUUCAGUGCAGCAGACCUCUGCUAGCCUCCUUAUCCACCCCAAUACUCCCUUGUGGCAUGGGUGGGAGGCUGAUGCAGGAGCCGGCUCUGCCAGCUUUAUUGCAGCAGAGAGUUUCCUUACACCAAGGGAAUUCUUCACUGGCUGUUUGCAGCCAGAAUCUAGCCCAUAAUAUUAAAAUCCCCAUUAAAGUAACUAAGAGUUUUGUCUGAAAAAGGGCUGCAGAAUUUAGUGCUUCCUGUUCUUGACCUUAUUCAUGUACCUCACAUGGAAGAUAGAAUUAGAUGUAGUGCAGUAAAAAUGAGAACUCACCUUUACUCUUACAGUUAUUUGGAAUCAAUACACUCAGUUGACAAAACUCAACAUACUGAAUACCCCUAUGAAUUCAUCCUCAUGUACAUUUUUCAUACUGUGAAACUUUUUAAAAGAUCUUUUAUGUCUGUUGUAUGGGAAGGGGGGAAUCGUACUGGAAUAACUGUCAUCA